ACACCUUUCAGCAAGGGUCUGGGUGUGUGUGGGAGGGUGUAACCGGCUGCCAUUCACAUUUCUAAUGAUCUCUAGAGUGAAAGAAAGAGAAGGGAGAGACAGAUAGUGGAGAGAGAGAGAGAGAGAGAGAGAGCAACUCAGAGGUGCAGAGGGAGUUUUGCUGCUGAAGUAAAAGUAGAGUUAUUAGGAAGCAGAAAAUGGGACCGGCUGCCACCUCGCUCGCUCUCCUGUGUUUAUGUUCUCUGGGUCUGUGUGUUCCUACAGGGACGGCUGAUGCUACACCAACACAGGUCAGGACUGCAUCCCUGUUAGAGGUGAAGAAAGGAAGAGGAGAUGUCCCUGAUAUUCUUCCAGAGCCUGAACCAGAGCCAACCAGCCCAGUGUCAGACUUUGAAAACUCAUACAACUAUGUCUUGUCCAGACUAGCCAGUAUGGACCAGGCGAUCCACAAGCUCAAUGUUGGUCACUACACCCUGGAUGUUAAAGUCAGCCAGUUGAUGGAUCGCCUGUCAAGGAUUGAUGCUAAAGUUGGGGAGCUGGAAGACAGCAUCCAGGAAGUCUACCAGCACAGUAAGGACAACCGCAAGGAGACUGGAAGACUGGAAGGUUGCCAGAAGGGACACAGAUUGGGAUACAAGUGUUAUCUUGUGUACAAUAGCUAUGAGGACUACGCCGGAGCUGCCAGAAAGUGCCUGGAACGCGGCGGCCGCAUGGCGAUGCCCCGCGACCGCAAGGAGCAGGAGGCCCUCGCUGACUACGUCAAGUCAUUCUUCCACCCAGGGAACUGGCCCGUCUGGCUGGGCAUCAACGACCUGCGAUCUGAGGGCAUGUACCUCUUUGAUGACGGUACGCGGGUCUCAUACUUCCAGUGGCGCAAACACUUCCUGUCCAGCCAGCCGGACGGAGGGAGGCGGGAGAACUGUGUGGCGAUGUCGUCAGACGAUGGCGACUGGUGGGACCACUACUGCGACCGGACCAUGAACUAUCUCUGCGAGUUUGAUGACAGGGUGGCACUUUAAAACAAACUUUUUUAAAGCUAGCAUUACUCUCUCACCACCUUACUACUACCUUAAACUUUGAUCUCCAGUUUUGAUCACUGAAAAUAGAUCCAUUAUAUUUUCAAAUUACUUAUUUCCACUUAAAAGACAUUUUAAAAAUGUCCCUGGAUUGGUUGUAUUCAAAAGAGAAGAAGUCCUCAUAGAAAAGUGCAUUUUAUUAGAAAAAUUCCAGUAUAAUUUUAUUUGUAUAUGCAAUUAGCGUAGCAUUGACUUGUUGUUAGUAUCUUACAGGAUAAAAACAUUUGCUGCGAAAAUAUUUCACAGAAUUGUAGGUUUUUAAGGUGAAACAUGUCUAAAAUGCGCACAAAUUCAUGUAUUGCUAUUUAAGUUCUGAAAGUACUGAAUAAGACUUAACCAGAUAAGUAUUUAAAUAUUAUAUAAAUCAUGUAGCUGCAGUGAUAUGAAUGUAAACCAGAGAGGACUCUGGUUUACAUCCGCUGUGAUUUCACGCCUGGAAUUCUAAAUAUUUGUUCAACGUUUCCAAAAAAAAAAAAAAAAAAAGG